CUGUUUCAUGGAGUUGUAAAACUAUGAGUAAUGAUAGUUGCAUAUGUGCUUAGUGUACACUUUGUUAGCAUCACAUCAUGUUGUUUAUUAUACUUUUUCUUCUGUGUCUGUUAAUCUCUCUUUAGGGUCUAAUAGCAUAGUAGCACAUAAGUAUGCAUGCAUCAUAUAAUGUGAGAGAGAGAGGUUCUUUAAAACUUGGUGGUGUGUGGUAAAAGUGAAUGAAGAGAAGAAGAGCUCCAAAGCAUAGUAUUGGAAGCAGUGAUGGCUUUCACACUAGAGAGGUGUGAAGAUAGCAUGGUGUUCACCAUGGAGUCUCAGAAAUCUGUGCCUGCUCCAUUUCUGACAAAAACAUACCAACUUGUUGAUGAUCCUCGCACUGACCACAUUGUGUCUUGGGGUGAUGAUGAAACCACUUUUGUUGUGAGAAGACCCCCAGAGUUUGCUAGAGAUCUUCUUCCAAACUAUUUCAAGCACAACAACUUCUCAAGCUUUGUUAGACAGCUAAAUACCUAUGGUUUCAAGAAGGUAGCUGCUGAUAGAUGGGAGUUUGCAAAUGAAUACUUCAGAAAAGGAUCUAAGCACCUUCUAUGUGAAAUCCACAGGAGGAAAGCCCCUCACCCUUAUCAACAACAUUACCAUAUGCAUGACCAACCACCACAGCUUCUUCAGCCAGAUGAGAAUCUGUGUUGGAUUGAUACUCCUCCAUUACCAUCUCCUAAGCCAGGGAAUGAUAUCUUAACAGCACUUUCUGAGGACAACCAGAGACUGAGGAGAAAGAACUUCAUGCUGUUAUCAGAACUCACCCACAUGAAGAAUCUAUACAAUGACAUCAUAUAUUUCAUACAAAAUCAUGUAAGUCCUGCUUCCUAUGAACAAAGAAGCAGCAGUGCUAUUCUGAAGCUGGUAGAAUUGGAUUCAUCACCUCAUCAAUCUCCAAGUUUUAUUAGACCAGUUAAGAGCCAUAUCAUGGAAAAGUCUUUGGUAAGUUCUUCUAGUGAUGAGCCUAAUAGUUCUGUGAAGCUCUUUGGGGUUCCUCUAUGUGGCAAAAAGAGAUUGCACCCAGGUAACCUUGAUCAACAAGAAUAGUAUGAAGUUCUUAGUCAGAAAGAACUGAAUUCACAUUAUGUUUAUCAGCUUUUAUUGAACAACUCUCACUGAUUUUUCUGACAUUUGAAGAGAGGCAUGUAUAGAAGAGGCUUGUGUUCAGAUUAGCUAGACUUGUUUCCUUAGAACUUUCUUCUAGAUUCUAUGUUUCUGAAAGAAAAAAGAGAACAGUUGUUUGCUUAUUUUAUAGUCCAAAAAUAAAAUAGCUUGUUAGUUAA